CAAGACUAUCUAUAUGUAUGUAUGUAUGUGUGUGUAUGUAUAUGUAUGUAUGUAUGUAUCAUUUUGUUUCACACUUUACGGAAUAUGAAAAUGAUUCGUGGCAUUCAAUAUCUUCUUUUACUUUAUUUAUGAUGAAGCCAUUUGUCAGUAUGGUAGCUUCUGCUAUCUCCAGUAGAGGAGAACACACAACACUCAUUAUAUCUCUUCUGAUGUCUGUCCUUGCCUUCUUGUUUGCUUAUACAACACUUCCUAAACUUCGAGAUACGUUCAUGAAAGCCAAUCUAUCAGGUCGAGAUCUAUUAAAACCAAAUAAGCCUUUAUUACCUGAGACAAUGGGUUUACCCGUGGCCAUCAUCUACCUCAUCACCUUAUUCUUGUUUAUUCCAUUUCCUUUUAUUGACUGGUUUGAAGAUGCACAACUUGUUCAUCAAGAUCAGCCUCAUCUGGAUACAUUUCCUUACAGCAAGUUGGGUGAAAUACUAGCUGCCAUUUUAGCUAUUCAGUCCAUGAUUUUACUUGGUUUUGCAGAUGAUGUGUUGGAUGUAAGAUGGAGAUACAAGAUUUGGUUUCCUGUGAUUGCAGGUAUUCCAUUAAUGAUCUUUUACUAUACCAAUAUGGGUGUUACUUAUGUGAUGCUGCCUAUGCAAUUAAGACCUUAUUUAGGGGAUCUGGUUGAUUUAGGUCCCUUUUACUAUGUGUAUAUGGGCAUGUUGAUUAUCUUUUGUACCCAUAGCAUCAAUAUCUUGGCAGGUAUCAAUGGUAUUGAAGCAGGACAAUCCCUUGUAAUUGGACUCUCUGUGAUUCUAAAUGAUCUGCUUUACAUCUUUAAUAAUCCUGAUCGUGCUAGUGCAGAAGUUCAUUUGUUUAGUCUGUAUUUCAUGAUUCCUUUUGUAGGUGUCACAAGCGCUCUCUUGUAUCAUAAUUGGUUCCCUGCCAAUGUGUUUGUAGGCGAUACGUUUUGUUAUUUCUCUGGCAUGACAUUGGCCGUGGUGGGUAUCAUGGCUCAUUUCUCUAAAACACUCUUGUUGUUCUUUAUGCCUCAAAUAUUCAACUUUAUCUAUUCUUGUCCUCAACUGUUUCGGUUGGUCGAAUGUCCUCGUCACCGUAUGCCUCGUGUUAAUCCAGAGACAGGACUCUUGGAAUGCUCCACUGUCAAACCCAAUGACAAGAAGCCUAUUGGAUUACCAGGACAAUGGAUACUCAAGACACUUCAUGCCAUGGGUCUUGUCAAAGUAUUUGCGUAUGAUAAACAAGGGCGUAUUGCUGAAUGUAACAAUUUGACCUUGUUGAACCUUGUCUUGGCUCAUUUAGGUCCUACUUCAGAACGAAACACAACACUGGCUGUAUUGUUGAUUCAAGUAUGUGCUAGUAUAUUUGCUUUUUUUAUUCGAUACAAGCUUGUUCAUUAUGUGUAUUAAAAAAAAUUCUUUUUUUUUUCUUU